GCACUGCCGCGCUGCCAGCUUCUAUAUUAACUGUCACUGUCAAUGUCAGAGAAGCGAAUCCUCAGCCGUAUUUUGAACGGAAGCUGUACACAGCCGGCAUAUCAACACUAGAUUCUAUCAACAGGGCUCUGCUUACUGUCUCGGCGACACAUAGUGAGAACGCGCAAAUAACAUACACCAUCAACAUGUCGUCCAUGGUGUUUGACCCCAGCCUGACCGCCGUAUGGAACACCGCGUUCGUUCUGGUCCCCAGCUCCGGGGUCCUGAUCCUCAACAUACAACCGACCGCCAGCAUGCACGGAAUGUUCGAGUUUGAUGUCCUAGCUACUGACCCAGCGGGCGCGUUCGACACCGCCGAGGUGAAGAUAUACCUGGUCUCAUCACAGAACAGGGUGUUCUUUAUGUUUAUGAACACCCUGGAGCAGAUUGAACAGAAGAAGGACUUCAUCUCAACAACAUUCAGCGCUGGUUUCGAGAUGACGUGUAACAUAGACCAGAUAGUCCCCGCUACGGACGACAACGGUAUCGCAAGCAAUGACGUCACCGAGAUUCGGGCCCACUUCAUCUACAAUAAUGUUCCCGUGGAGACUGACUCUAUUGAAAAACUACGCAGUGACACUCAGCUACUACGGUCGAUCCAGUUAAUCCUCAGCACAGAAAUGCUGGUGCUCCAAGACCUGGUGACAGGAGACAGCCCCACCAUCAACAAUAACUCAACACUAGUGACGGUGUACGUGCUCGGAGGUCUAGCUGCAGUUUUGGCGUUCAUGUGCCUGGUGUUGCUCGUCUCCUUUAUCGUGAGGACCAGGGCAUUAAAUCGCCAGCUGCAAGCGCUAUCGAUGACGAAGUACGGUUCCCAGGAGUCAGGGCUGAACCGCGCCGGUCUGGCGGCACCUGGCACUAACAAGCAUGCGGCAGAAGGCUCGAACCCAAUCUGGAACGAAGCUAUCAAAGCACCUGACUUCGAUGCUAUCAGUGAGAGUUCGGACGAUUCUGAUCUGAUCGGAAUAGAAGACCUUCCACAGUUCAGCAGGGACUACUUUCCACCUGAAGACACCUCCUCGGACCAGGAUAUCUUUGCUGAUCAGCCACGACAAAGUGUAGCAGCUCACAACAAUAACUUCGGUUUGAACGGAAAACCGUUUGGCAAUCCUUUAGUAAACAAGCCGUUUAGCCAUUAAUGUCAUUAUCCAAUAACAUCACACACAAAUCACGGCUUCUCACUUCCACAAAGUUGGUUGUAGGGAGAGGCAAGAUACCGACUUCACUAAAUUCACUUAAAAGUAAGAGUGUAUCUCAUAUUUUUGUGACAGGACCUAUUUAUAGAGGGAUCCUAUGGGAACAAAUUUAUUUCUAUAUUUAAAAGGGCAUAACACUGCAGUCCGCCUUCAUUCUAUAAGCAACAAAUAUUUGGGGCCCGAAUGUACGCUACACUGGCUCACCAGACAUUUAUAGCAAUAGUUAGAUACUUCAAGUCAUCUUGGCGCGCGGCGCUAUGCGUGCGUGACUUGAAGUAUCUGUAUCUAGUACGCCAAGUUACUAAGUAUAGGAUUUUACUAAAAUAGUGACUCAACGCAAAGGAUCAUAAGUAGAUAUAUAAAUCUUAGUAGAUAUAGAUAUGAUAUUGAGAUUCUGUUAUAUAUUCGCAGCAAUGUUAACAUAAUUUAAUACUUACCACUGUUUGUAAAUAUAUUAUGGUGUCGUAUAUAUUAAUUUUUUAAUAUUAAGAGUAUAUUUGUAAAAAUUAAUAAUAAACAUCUAAUUAGCAAA